CACACACUAAGGGAGCUACAGCACGGGACGCACGGGGAGCAAGGGGACGAGCACUGUUGGCAGAUUGCACUGUGGAGUGAAUCGUUGGACUUGCCUGUCUAUUUCCACUGUAAAUAAAGUGCACUGUGGCAUUGCAGAGUCCUGCGUUUUGGGUCCUACUUUCCUCAUCCCCGCGGUCUGCGUGGCAGACCGUGACAAACACUGGCUGAUGAUGAAAUACAGUCGUGACAGAAUAAUCCUCAGUCCCACCAACCACCAUGGACCCAGCAGACUCAAGAGUCGCCACAGAGGGGGAUCGCUCACACAGCUGUGGGGUUACUGCCGGAGCGUAACCCAGGCUGUGGAUCCACACAAAAGCACAUACAGAUAGUGUUUUUUGAGAAUUACCUCUCCUCCACUACCUUCUCUGUGAGCUUUCUGGACAUUGCUAAACUAAUUCAAAUUGUAACUGGGCUGAGGGCAAGCUCCAGCUUCGAACUGUUUGGUUGGGCUGUCCGGGCAAGGAGGAUGCGGCUGCCUCCCUCGCAGCCCUUGCUGCCUGGUUUUUUCUUCAUAGGCGGAGAGUUUUCCCACCGCCGUUUGUUGCUCACCUAUUGGACCCUCCACUGCAGGGAAGACGGCGCCCUACUCCAUCUCCUCUCAUUCCCUCAAUGUCCUCUGUGUCGGCAGACUUAGGAUCGGCAGUGCUGGUAACCACAGUGAGUAAACCGGACUCUGUCAUCUUACUUAAUCCAGUCUCUCACGAACAGGAGGGGACAGGUCCCUUUAAUGCGGCCCCGCCAUCACGUAAGAGACGGCGUCGGCGUCAUCUUCGUCAAACCGAAGCUCACCUCACUCCUGUGGUUUCGGAAGAACCAGCUGACUCAGGACUAGCCGCACAAGGAGCCGCAGUGAGUGAGACGGACUCUGUGUUGUUAAUGACGUUUUUGUUAUGAAAACAGAGAUGGCUUCGUCUAAACCAGGGGACAGUGCCCAAUCAGUUAAAAAUAAAACUGGGCUCGCAAUGGAGGAUAAGCUUAAAGGGUCUGCAUUGCCAGAAAGUGGAGGUGGCCGGAAGCUAAUUCUGGGUCAUUUCUUAAUGUAAGGAGUAGUGAUGGCUGCUUUUCUGGUGCUGGAUGCGGAGCCUUGGUUUCUGAGCCAGUUAGCUCUGAGACAGUGAACUCUGUAGGCGCUGGUGCGGCAGCUAAAUGGACAGAGGCUGUUAAUUCCGAGUUACUGCACUGUGCUAAUAUGCAUCCUGAAACUGUUUUUGUGGCUGUUGGUUUGUUAAAGGACCCGGUGCUAGAACAUGAACCUGCCACUACAGGCAAUCAGGAGGCUGGGAUUCUCCCCAGGGCUUCCCCAGAGGCCGAACUGGAGACCUUAGUUGCCUCUGGCCCCCUGGACAUUGUAGAGCGAGCGGUAACAUUUUCCUCCUCUCAACCCUUCAUGUUUGCCAUAUCACCCUCUACUCAGUCUGCUGCCCAGCACGUAACUCAGUCUGCUGCCCAGCACGUAACUCAGUCUGCUGCCCAGCUAGAAACUCAGUCUGCUGCCCAGCUAGAAACUCAGUCUGCUGCCCAGCUAGAAACUCAGUCUUUAGUCCAGUCAGCCUCUCAUCUUCAUUCUCAGUUGGAGGUCGAUAUGCCUGCUGGACCAACUCUGCCAUCAUUUCACCCGUCUGUUGUUCCUGCAUCGCUGUCCAGUCUACCACGAGUAGCUGCCACACCAUCAUCACCUCCGCCCUCUGCAGCUACUUCUCCACCAGCGUCCCAUCGGACUGCAGCGAUCGCAGCACUCUCGGCUUCACCAUCCACAUCACCCGCUCAACCAUCAUCUUCACCACCUGCAGCUACCGCAUCACAGUCUUCACCUCCGGAUCAACCAUCUAUAGCCGCUCCGCAGCCAGAGGAGCAGCUCGGCGAGCGGGGGGAGCCCGCGUUGCAGCCGGAGGAGCAGCUCAGCGAGCGGGGGAGCCCGCGUUGCAGCCGGAGGAGCAGCUCAGCGAGCCGCAACAGGAGCUCAGCGAGCGGGGGGAGCCCGCGCCGCAGCCGGAGGAGCUCUGUGAGCCGGAGCGGGAACUCGGCGAGCGGGAGGAGCGGCCACCAUCGAGAGAGGGCGCGGUGGGCCGGAGAGGCGCGCACCGCCAUUGGAGGUCGGCGUGCCGGAUACAUCUCUACGGCCAGCGCGCCAUCCACGCCGUCCACGUCCAGCGCGUCGGGGAUCCUGGGCCUUUCAACUCUGUCGCCCGCCGGAGCUGCAACGCCGCUGCCACCGGACCCGUGGCCGCCCGCUGGGCUGCAACGCCGCCGCCACUGGACCCGUGGCCGCCCGCUGGAGCUGCAAUGCCGCCGCCACCGGCCCGUGGCCGCCCGCCGGAGCUGCAAUGCCGCCGCCACCGGGCCCGUGGCAGGCCACCGGAGUUGUCACACUGCCGCCACCGGGUCCGUGGCCGCCCACCGGAGCUGCAGCGCCGCCACCAUGGCACCCGUGGCAGGCCGCUUGAAGUAUUCUAUUGCUAUCAUGUGACCCGAGGUAGGCCACCGGAACUCUUGUGUUAUAGUUACUGGCCGCCUGAACUGUUUUUCUCCCGCCACGGUUUUGGGGGUUAUUGAACUGUUUUGUGCCUCCGCCGGAGUCGCGCAGUGGGACUAUGACUGUUGUUAUUAUCAUUAUUAUUAUUAUGUGGGGGCUGUGUCGUCUACUGUUCUGUCCAGUUGUAUGUAGAGUGUAUGUGUGCGUGUGUGUUUGCUUCUCCCUCUCUCUCUCCGGUCCUCGGGGCUGUUUACGGAAGUGCGCGCCGUGGGAGAGGCGUGUCCUGGCGACUGUCAUCAUUGGGAGUCCCUCUUCGCUGUGCCGGCCCACCUGCAGCUGAUUAUCUGACCAGCUGUUGGUAAUCAUCCCUCCCGGCUAGAAAGAGGUAUUUAACCUGGACUCGCGGCGACAGUCGACGUGGGAUUAUUACUCCUGACUGGAGAGUCGAGCGAAGAAGCGAGUUGGGGAGCACACACACUAAGGGAGCUACAGCACGGGACGCACGGGGAGCAAGGGGACGAGCACUGUUGGCAGAUUGCACUGUGGAGUGAAUCGUUGGACUUGCCUGUCUAUUUCCACUGUAAAUAAAGUGCACUGUGGCAUUGCA